GUCAUCCUUCGCAUUCGUCUUUAUCAAUGCCAUGUUAAAACAAUUCAAUGGGUAAAGACAAUACCAUUUGCAUGGGUCUGAGAAUCGCCAUUACCACCUGGCACUCAUCAUUCACCUUUUCGCUCAAAGCAGUCGCGGCUGCCUACGUCCCAUAUAUUGGUAUUUCACUCUUUUCACCCGAGGCCCAUAAUAAAAUGCUUCCUCUGUAGCUUAGGGCUCACCCGCUUGAUACGACCUACAAUAAUCAUUUUCAACUAACAUUCGCCACCAACCUUACCACCGAAAGAUCAGUAUCCCGAAGCUUAUCACCAACAUGACACCAAAGCGUAAAGCUACCGACUCGCAGAAUGACGUUGUUUCUGGUACACCAAAGCGUUCCAAAGUCGCGAGAGUAGCAGCCACGAAGGAGCAACGAAGACAACCUCCCAAUGUCACCCGUAGUGCGGGUGCUACAACCACGACUGCCGUCUCUCUCUUACAAGCACGGCCCUGGCUCACGCGCCCUCAACCAAUAUCCGAGCAAGACCUCUUCAUCCUGCACUGCCGCGACAAUCUGGUUCCCGGUGCGACUGGGCCGAAAGACUGGCAUGUCCUCGCCGACGAGUUCAACGCGCGAUUUGAACAUGAGUUGAAAAAGCCGUUGGCCUAUAAUACAUUGAGUAAGCGAUGUGGAGCCGCGAGGAAGUUGUUUUUGAAGAACGACCCGGAGUAUGCUGGAAUGUGCGUGUACCCCGUUCCUCACGUAGAAACUAGGAAAGGGGAGAAAUCUGAAAACUCAGACAUAAUCGAGUCUGAAGAAGAUGACGAUGAAAGAAAUUCAGAGGAGGAGGACUCGUAUGUUAGGACGAAUGGCAAGCUCGCAAAACGACAAGGAGAAUCUACCACUAAACAUCCGGAAGCCCACAUAACGACACAGCCCGCCACCAAAAUCCCAACACCUUUAUCCUCCAGCCCGCCGACCCGUCGUGGACUUUCCUUUACUCCCAAAAUCACCACUCCCGCGCCCGGUUCAUUCAUUCCCUCUGCUGUGGAAGAUGAUUACAUACCGCCUAAUACCCGCGCGAAAUUCCACCUCCAGCACCGCACAGACGAGAGAGUCACAUUCCAUUUCCCUGACCCACAUGAACAAAGCCUAGCCACUGAAGAUGCACAAUACGUCGACACAAGCACUCUGCUUUUCAUCUCACCAUCUUACGCUCGAACAGCAGCAGAAGAUCCCAGAAACAUCGUCAUUACCGUACCAGAUUAUAUCACUAUACGGACUGUAAAUGUCUUCAUCCAGCUCGUCUCGCCAGAGCGCGCAAACAAGCUACCCACACACUAUCUCUGGUCAGCGAAGAAGCCAGUCCCGGGCGUGUAUGAUCGCUAUGGUGCGAUACGAGUGGAGAAGAUCAUCUGGAGUGUAGAGGCACUUCUUGAUCUCUUGCUCUUCGCGCAAUGGAUGGAAGUGUACUGGGUUAUCGAUAUGGUGGUUGAUCGUCUGCACUUCCUGUUCGCUGAGGAAGCUAGAUAUGAAGACAUCUUUGCAGACAUGGGUAUGCCCGUCGAUGGGUAUGUCAACGUUGGUGGUCGGCAGGUUUUCGUCGGAAGUAAACUGCCACCUGUGGACAACACGUUGGCUCGUGUGACGGCAAAAGACUUCGAGAGAGACUUCAUGGUGCUGUUAGCUGAGAUGUCAGAAAGUACGCCUGUAUGGAGAUUUCUCGCAGACUUGCUCUACGCGUUAGGCGAGGAGGUGAAAAGGGCUGAAUGGUUUCCGGCCUUGUCAAAAGACGUACAGCGAAUAUUGUCUCACCCGGAAGGCAACUAUCUUGACGUAACGACUGCGCGAGAAGAGUUUUGCGCGCGAUAUCACCAUCAUCCAGCAGGCUCGGAAACUUGCUACACAGCCCACCGCGUCCAUUCGGCUAUCCAUAACAUCCAUGCUAUAUAUGCUUCAUCGUCCCCAAAAGCGCUGAUCCGUCUCUCCGAAGGACUUGACUCAACAAGCAGUCUGACUAGCAUCAUGUACUCCAGCACCAGCAAUACCAGUAAGCUGAAGCAUGACAACUCGACACAAACGAUGCUAGACGCAGAGAAGAUGGUAUUGGACAUGGAAAGUCGUCUAUACGAGGCAAAAAUGGCGAUGCAGAGGGCGCGAGAAGCCGGGGAAGACGAGAAGAAGGCUGCCGCAGAUGGAGCGAACAGGAUUGCGCGGUCGAUGUACAACCACGAGCCCUUUGCGAAGGGGCUGUGA